GCCUCCGCCCGGCCGCGCCGCCCCGACCCGCUGCCCGCCGCCUUGCCCGGGCAUGUGAGCCGGAGGGCCAGGCUGCUGGCCGCCGGGACGUACGGAGCGGGAGCGCGAGCGCGGAGCUGCGACCCCGGGCCAGCGGCUGAGCGAUCCGAUGUCCAUGCGGAGCCCUGUCUCUGUGCAGCUGGCCCCGGACAGUGGUAGCACCAUGGUGAACUGCACCAUCAAAUCUGAAGAGAAGGAACCUCACCACGAGGCCCCCCAGGACAAGGCUGCUGCAGUGGAGACCCAGCCUGAAGACCUAGCUCUGGGGCUGCAGGAUGCUGCCGGUUCCCAAGCUCCAGCUCAGGACUGUGCCUCACCAGAGAGCAGCGGGUCCCCAGACCCCAAGAGACCAGCAGCUUCUGAGGCUGCUUCGGGAAGCCAGGAGCGGCUGGACUUUAACCGCAACUUACAAGAAGUUGUGCCAGCCAUUGAGAAGCUGCUGUCCAGUGACUGGAAGGAGCGGCUUCUGGGAAGAAGCUCUGUGGAAACCAAAGAUGUCAAAGGGACCCAAGAGAGCCUGGCUGAGAAGGAGCUCCAGCUUCUGGUCAUGAUCCACCAGCUGUCCGCCCUUCGUGACCAGCUCCUCACGGCCCACUCUGAGCAAAAGAACAUGGCUGCCAUGCUGUUUGAGAAACAACAGCAGCAGAUGGAACUCGCCCGGCAGCAGCAGGAGCAGAUCGCCAAGCAGCAGCAGCAGCUGAUUCAACAGCAGCACAAGAUCAAUGCCCUCCAGCAGCAGAUCCAGCAGGUUAACAUGCCUUAUGUGAUGAUCCCAGCCUUUCCCCCGAGUCACCAGCCUCUGCCUGUCACCCCUGACUCCCAACUGGCUUUGCCGAUUCAGCCCAUCCCCUGCAAGCCAGUGGAGUACCCGCUGCAGCUGCUACACAGCCCUCCUGCCCCUGUGGUGAAAAGGCCUGGGGUGGCCACCCACCACCCUCUGCAGGAACCACCCCAGCCAUUGAACCUCACAGCCAAGCCCAAGGUGCCUGAGCUGCCCAACACCUCCAGCUCCCCCAACCUGAAAAUGAACAGCUGUGGGCCUCGUCCCUCCAGCCGCGGGGCUCCCACAAGGGACCUGCAGUCCAGCCCCCCAAGCCUGCCUCUGGGCUUCCUUGGCGAAGGGGAUGCUGUCACCAAAGCUAUCCAGGACGCUCGCCAGCUGCUGCACAGCCACAGUGGGAAUUUGGAAAACUCCCCUAACCCUCCAUUCCGAAAGGAUCUCAUCAGCCUGGAAUCAUCCCCAGCCAAGGAGCGGCUGGAGGAGAGCUGUGUACACCCACUGGAGGAAGCCAUGCUGAGCUGCGACAUGGAUGGCGCCCGCCAUUUCUCCGAGUCCCGGAAUAGCAGCCACAUCAAGAGACCCAUGAAUGCCUUCAUGGUGUGGGCCAAGGAUGAGCGGAGAAAAAUUCUCCAGGCCUUCCCAGACAUGCACAACUCCAGCAUCAGCAAGAUUCUUGGCUCUCGCUGGAAGUCCAUGACAAACCAGGAGAAGCAGCCGUACUAUGAGGAGCAGGCCCGUCUGAGCCGCCAGCACCUGGAGAAAUACCCCGACUACAAGUACAAGCCACGGCCUAAGCGUACCUGCGUUGUGGAGGGAAGGCGGCUGCGCGUGGGCGAGUACAAGGCCCUGAUGAGGACACGGCGCCAGGGUGCUCGCCAGAGCUACACCAUCCCCCCGCAGGCUGGCCAGGCAGUGAGCUCCUCAGAUGUCCUGUUCCCUCGGGCAGCCGGCAUGCCCCUGGCGCAACCAUUGGUGGAGCACUAUGUCCCUCAGGGCCUGGACCCCAGGAUGCCGGUCAUUAUCAAUACAUGCAGCCUCCGGGAGGAAGGGGAGGGCACCGAUGACAGGCACUCAGUGGCUGAUGGAGACAUGGACCGGUACAGCGAGGACGAGGACUCGGAGGGCGAGGAGAAGAGUGAUGGGGAGUUGGUGGUACUCACAGACUGACCCCCAGCUAGCUGGGCCUGGCCUGUUUCCACCCAACAGGCGCAGCCAGCCAUCCUGAGCUAUGUUGGUACUUGGACUUGUGUGCCCAGGUGAUGGGUGAAGCUGUGCACUUGUAGAUACAUUCCCAAGGUGUCUGUGGGGGGUUGUUUUCCUCUUCGGGCACAUCUGAGGAGUUGAUGGCCUGGCUGGGUGGGAUUCCCGUGGCUGUGAUGGGCCAAGCUGGCUGAGGUCUUUGGGCCUUGGGGCUAAUGCCCAGGGAACACUGGACAUACUCCCUUUUGUGGCCUACCUACCUGAGGGAACGGCAGGUACACGCCUGUCCCCAAACAUGCUUUGUUUCCAUUUUGUCCUGGCCAGACCAGCCGUGGUGGGACAACAUGUCUGCCCCAGAAGCUCCUAGCUCAUUCUUCUGUCACCUGGAUCAUUUCAUACUCUGUACAGAGGGGUCUGGCUCUCUGUCCUGUCUUUGUCUUCCAAGUCCAUGUGCCUCUGGCUGCUGGGAGCGUGUGUGUGUGUGUGUGUGUGUGU